UAUAAGCUUUUUAGAACAAUAAAAUAUAAAUACUAGCCCCAUUUAAACAUUAGACAUUCGAACUUGGAAGAAUCGCAGCCCUAGCCUUCGUCUCCGUCCACCAUCGCAGACCUGUUUUGCUAGCCCUAGACUUCCACCCGCACCCGAUCGAACAAUGGUAGAGUCCAGAAUCAGUAGCAGCAGCAGAUCAAGGGACCUUGAUAAGCUUCUCCUGAGGCCGGGCAAUCUCGUCGGGCCCACCUUCGAACCGGGCACUCAAUUGAGGGAUGAUCUUCAAGAGUAUGCUCGUAUAUUGGUGGUGGGUGCUGGUGGAUUGGGAUGUGAACUUCUUAAGGAUCUCGCACUCUCGGGUUUUCGGAAUCUUGAAGUUAUUGACAUGGAUAGAAUUGAAGUUUCCAACCUUAAUCGCCAAUUUCUUUUCAGGUUAGAGGAUGUUGGGCAACCAAAAGCAGAAGUGGCCGCUAAACGGGUGAUGGAAAGGGUUAGCGGUGUAAACAUUGUGCCACAUUUUUGCCGCAUCGAGGAGAAAGAGCUUGAAUUCUACAGUGAAUUCAGUAUUAUCGUCCUUGGUCUUGAUUCUGUUGAAGCUCGAAGUUACAUAAAUGCCGUCGCUUGUGGCUUCCUAGAAUAUGAUUCUAACGACGAGCCUGUUGAAGAAACCGUGAAGCCUAUGGUAGACGGUGGUACCGAAGGUUUCAAGGGUCACGCACGUGUUAUUUUACCUGGGAUGACGCCAUGCUUUGAAUGCACAAUUUGGCUUUUCCCACCACAAGUGAAGUUUCCGUUAUGCACUCUGGCGGAAACGCCAAGAACCGCAGCUCACUGCAUUGAAUAUGCUCAUCUAAUUAAAUGGGAUGAGGUGCAUAGCGGAAAAUCGUUUGAUCCUGAUAACCCUGAACAUAUGCAGUGGGUGUAUCUAGAGGCUGCCAAGAGAGCACAGCUUUUUGGCAUUCCAGGAGUCACGUAUAGUUUGACACAGGGUGUGGUGAAGAAUAUUAUACCAGCUAUAGCUUCUACAAACGCGAUAAUAUCAGCAGCAUGCGCUCUCGAAACUUUGAAGAUUGCAUCAGGAUGCAGUAAAACGUUAUCAAAUUAUUUGACGUAUAACGGUGUUGAAGGUUUGCAUACUAAAGUCACCGAGUUUGUAAAGGAUAAAGACUGUCUUGUUUGUGGUCCCGGCAUCUUUAUCGAGCUGGAGACUUCGGUCACUUUAAAAAUGUUUAUUGAUCAACUCGAAGACCAUCCAAAGCUACUGAUGUCGGGAGCAAGUGUGAGAGUCGGAGGAAAGAAUCUUUACAUGGCGGCACCACCGUUACUAGAGGAAAUGACGAGAUCAAACCUCGGAUUACCGUUGUUUGAGUUGAUGGACAAAUCUCCAACGGGUGUUGUUCAUGUCACUGGAACAGCUGGCAAAGGUGACAAAAGGCAGUCGUGCUUGAGAAAAUUGCGUGUUGCUUUUAAGGCUGUCGGAAUCGCAGAUACUGACAUGGCUGGCGGGGCGUAAACAAAUGUUUCUUGAAAUGAUAUGUUAUUCUUGAUUAGAUGUUUAUUUUUCUGUCUGUUUUGUGUUGAAGAUUCCUUAAAAACAUACACCACCCCAAAGCUCAUCUCUUGUAUUGCAAGUCUUUAACCAUGUGAUAUCGACAUUGGGUAUCUUCUUAUCGAGUUAAGGUAAAAACCAUAAUACACGUUUGGUAAUACGGUAUUAUGUAGAGAGUUUUUUA